AUUACCCAAUUGUUUUGCCAAAGUAUAUAAUACUUCACUCUUACAGAUUCUUGCAUUACAUUUCCAGCAAUUUAAUUCGGAUUCAGUCCAACAAGGAGUGAGCCAUACCAAUCUCCAUCUCCAUUUGUUGGAAAAUAAUGGAAGCUUUAACAAGCACUUUGUCCACCAAGAUCUUUACAAGAAACAGUAACACCACUCUAUCAGUUUCAUCAACUCUUACUGUACUGGGUCGAUCUGAUUUUGGCUUUUCAAGAUCUUCAACUUUCAAGAGACUACAAUUUCAUGAUUUGGUUUUAUCUCGAACAAUUGCCAAGUCUCAUGUCGCCUAUGAUUCUGCUGAGGUAUCAGUAGGCUUUGAAAAUGCAGUAGCUGAAAUUCCAAGUAUCAAAACAUCAAAGAGAAUUCAUGUAAAAUUCCAACUACAGAAGCAGUGUAUGUUUGGUGAUCAAUUUCUGCUGGUGGGUGAUGAUCCAAUGCUUGGUUUGUGGAAUCCUGCAGAUGCUAUUCCAAUGAAUUGGUCAGAUGAACACAUUUGGAGUACUGAACUGGAUGUUCCAAUCGAGUCAACCAUACAAUUCAAAUUUAUACUUAAACAAUGUUCAGGAGAGAUAUUCUGGCAACCUGGUCCUGACAGAAUUUUCAAGAGUUGGGAAAGCAAUGGCACUAUAAUCAUUUCAGAAGAUUGGGAAAAUUCUGAAGCUCAAAAGAUUAUGGAAGAGAAAAUGGAGUCGGUGAUUAAUCACGAUUUGACACCCACUGAUGCUGAAAAUAUUACUAAUCAAAGUGAAGGACUUUUGGCUAAUAUGAACAAUGAUAUAAUGUUUUCAGGUAAUGUUGCCUUUGCAGAAGAAAAACUAAUAGAUGAUAAUGAGUUGUUUACCAGAGGAAGUAGUACCUUGAAACAGGAGCUGCCAAAGAAAACUCUAUUUAGUUAUGAAGAAGGUAAUGUUCUUGUACCUGGUAUAACACCAUUACAAGCUGCGUCUACCAACGAAUUUGGAUCCAUCACUGCUAAUUCUUCAUUCGGAGUUGCAGAUGCCCCAUUUGGAGUUGAUUUAGCUAAGGAAUAAAUGAUCCCUGAAACAAGCAAAAUUUCCUUUCUCUUAUUCUUAUAACAAGUAUCUAUGCACCCUGUUUUACAUCUACUGCCUGAAAAUGGAAAUGUGCAGGUUUUUCAUCAGUUGUUUAACGUAGUAUUGGAUUUGUAGCAUUCAUCUUCUCUGUUUUUGUGUGGGCAAAUAAACUGGCGUAUACAUUGUAGCUGCAAACAGACUUAUUCCAUACUUCUAUUGGCUUACUAGAAAAGAGUUAUAGAUCAUGGUUUGUCCAGACUCUUGAGGGUGCUGGAUUGUGACAAAAUUACAUAAAAGCCACAUUUGCAAUGAAGAAAAUUUUGAAUUCAUGUUA